AUGAGCCAGACCCCCGCGUACCGGUCCAGCAGGCCGGGCUCGACCGAGCCCACGGUCGACUCCAGCCAUGCAACCCCGCAGUUUGAAGGUGCAAGUGGGGUGCUCCGGGGUGCCACGUACCUGGCAGGCUCAGGCCCCGCCCUGCCCGGCCAGAUCGUGCCAUCUCGGAGACUGGUGCAGCUGAACGUGGGGGGCGUGCGCUACACGACCACCGUGGACACCCUGAGAAAGCACCCCAGCUCCAAACUGGCUGAGAUGCUCAGCCACCCAGCUGCGGCACCCCUGGAUGCCCAGGGUUGCAUCUUCAUCGACCGCCCUGGUGCGCACUUUGGCCCCAUCCUGGACUACCUGCGCUGCGGGGAGCUGCCAUCGCAGAACCUGUCUGCGGUGUACAGGGAGGCCCAGUUUUACCAACUGGAACCCCUGGUCAAGUGGCUGGAGGAAACCCCCGAGUUGUUCGGGGAGCAGGUGGCCCGAAAGCAGUUCGUGCUGCGCGUGCCGGGCUAUGGCGAGAACCUGGAGCUGCUGGUGCGCCUGGCACGCGCAGAGGCGGUGGCCGCGCGCCACUCCAAGGUGCUGGUGUGCGCCAUGCAGUCGGAUGGCGAUGCUGCCCGCUGUGCCGACAGCCUGCGACAGCUGGAGGACAGAGGCUCCGUGGUCAAGUUCGGGCCCUGGAAAGCUUCCCCGAGCAUCAGGGACCUCCUGGAUUGCGUGCUCAGGGACCUCCAGAGUCAGGGUUACCGUGUCACCUACCAGGCUUCCCCCGAGACAGUGUCCAGGGGCAAGGUCGGGGAUCACUUCUACACCUUCCUCUUCACCUGGUGGUGA